CUGCUGCUUUUUUGUAACUUGUCUGCACGAACCUACCACUAGCGUGCUAGCUAACUCCAUUUAGGACAACACACACGUACCUUAGGACUGAUAACAUCAUACGCGUAUAACAGAGGUAUCAUUAGCUCGUCUUACGCGUUGGUUGCACGCCGCGCUGUUACAGUACGCGUCGUCAUUACCAACUACCUCGUCGCGCGCUAAUUUCGCAUGAUUAGUUCGUGCCGUCCUUCGACAUUGUCACACUACUAAGUCUGUUUGCCUCUCCCGCUACUGUCGCGUUACCCGGUGCACCCGAGCGAGCUCGCGAAGACAAUGUGUUUGUCGCGGCAACGGCUGACGUCGAACCUCAAGCCGUUUAAUACUAUCGAGUAGGAGCUUAUUGAGUAGGAGAUUAUCGAGUAGGAGGUUAUCGAGUAGGAGGUUAUCGAGUAGGAGCUUAUCGAGUACUAGAGCUUAUUGAGCCGCGAACCUGAGACUCCCGCUCGGCUUGUCUUACCCCGCUCAUCGCUCGUCGCUCGUCGCUCGUCGCUCGUCGCUCGUCGCUCGUCGCUCAUCGCUCGUCGCUCGUCCCCUGCAUCACCACGCCGCUUCUUCUGGGUCGCGUGUGUGCGUCGGCGGAGCUGGCUGGGUAUCUCCGCCAAUUACCCUCGCUUGACUGCCUCCGCCUUGAAUACUCCACCAUAGGCCUUCCGCAAUUGACCUUCCGCCAGUUUGCGUUCCCGAACGGCGACCUGCCGCGCGCCUCUUCCGCGCAUGACCACCCCCGCGCAUGACCUCAUCCGCGCAUCUCUUCCGCGCAUGCCCUCCCUCGCGCAUGACCUGUCCCCUGCCUUCCCCGCGCAUGACGUGCCCCGUUGAUGUCAGAGUCGGCGCGCAGCAGUGGCAGCAGCAAUAGCGCCUUCUCGUCCGACCCCAGCGUCGCCAGCAGCGUCGGAAGCUCCUCCUCCGCCCGAGGGCUCCUCUCCCUGCCCCGACCCGCCGCGCCUGAUUCUGACGCCCCUGAUAUUGCCGCGCGUGAUACAGUUGGUUCGGAUACCGCCGCCCCUGCUGCCGCCCCGCCCGCCCACGGGCCUUGGGAUAUCCCCUCGCAGCCCCCAAGCUCCGCGCCCGCCGCAUCCCCCCCUGCUGCGAGCGCGUUCGCUCAGCCCACAGGCGGCGACGCGCACCACACCGGCGGCGACGCGCAGCGCACCGGCGGUGACGUGUUCAUCCAGUGGCCCGACGACCUGCGCGCCGCAUUCGCCGCUCAGUACGCGCAGCAGCAGCAGCAGCAGCAGCAGCAGCAGCAGCAGCAGCAGCACGUGCAGCAGCAGCAGCAGCAGCAGCAGCAGCAGGGGCUUCAGGAGGAGGUGCAGGGCGGGGAACAGCAGCAGCAGCAGCAGCCAUACCAGCAGCAACAGGUGCAGCAGCAGCACCCGUCGUCUCUAUUCCUGCAGCACCACGACCUGCGGCGUGACUGCGCGGGCAACUGCCUGACGUCGCUGGAGGUGUUUCUGCAGCCCUACUUCCGCCGCCCCACUCACCCCCCUGCCAACCAGCCGCCCGUUGACUCUCCUGAACUCUCCAUGGCCUCCAAUUCAUCUGGAGCCUCCUCCAACGGCCCCUCCGCCAACGGCCCCUCCGCCCUGCCCUUCUCCCUCGCGCCCUGGCAGCAGCCGCAGGCAACCCAGCAGACGCACCAGCCCAUUCACCCGCCCCAGCUGUAUCACCCGCAGCAGCAGGCGUUUCCGCCCUCCCAAGGCCUCAUGCACCCGCCCGCCCCUCGCUCGCCCCAGCAGCCGCAGCAGCAGCAGCGGAGUCUGCAGCAGCAGGUGCAGUACCAGCAGGCGUCCAUGUUCCCGCUCCCAGAGGACUUCCCCACAGGGGGACCCAGGGGCGCAGCAGCAGGGGGAGCAGGCGGAGGGGGAGGGGGCGGGGCGGAGAUGGACAUGGAGCUCAGCAUCCAGCUGCCGGCGCGGCGCUGGCCGCCCACCAUGGCGUCCGUCACGCCCGGCCGCAGCCUCACCUCCUCCGUUCUAGGCCGGGGCCCGACGCCCAACAUCCGCACGCUGUUCACCAUGGACCGCCAGCCCCUGGGCGAGGGGCAGUACGGCAAGGUGUACCUGUGCACAGAGAAGGCCACCGGCACGCAGUACGCAUGCAAAACCAUUCCCCGUAGCUCUCUGAUCAGCGUGGAGGACGUGGAGGACGUGCGCAUGGAGGUGAGCGUGCUGUUCCGGCUGCAGGGCAAGCCGAACGUGGUGCGCGUGCACGCCACCUUCGAGGACCGCCACGACAUCCACAUCGUCAUGGAGCUCUGCAGCGGGGGGGAGCUCUUCGACGAGAUCAACCGCCGCUGCGACGAGAUGACCGUGCCCUACAGCGAGCGCGAUGCCGCGAAGCUGUGCAAGGCGGUGAUGCGCGCGGUGCACUCGUGCCACAGCAGCGGCGUCAUCCACCGCGACCUCAAGCCCGAAAACUUCCUCUUCUCCUGCGCCGGGCCCGAUGCCGUGCUCAAGGCCGCUGACUUCGGCAUGGCUGCGUACUUCAAGCCCGGCGAGGGCUUCACGCGAGUCUGUGGCAGCUGCAUGUACAUGGCGCCGGAGGUGAUUCGCAUCUGGGAGAACAUGGGCAAGCAGCGCUACGGGCCCCCGGUGGACAUCUGGGCAUGCGGCGUCAUCUUCUACAUCCUGCUCGCCGGCAACUACCCCUUCCUGCCCUCUGGGAGAGACAGGUCAGAGCGUGCGUUUCGCCGCGUGAUCCUGCAGCCGCAGCGGCUGUUCCGCGAGGCGGUGUGGGCGCGCAUCUCGCCGGACGCCAAGAGCCUCAUCAGCCAGAUGCUGCAGCACGAUGUGGCGCUGCGACCCACCGCGCAGCAAGUGCUGGAGCACCCAUGGAUCAGCCGGGCGCCGGAGGAGCCCCUGGAGAAGGACGUGGUGGACCGCUUCAAGCAGUUCCUCUAUGUCAUGCGCCUCAAGAAGGUCAAGAAGGUGGCGCUCCGGGCCAUGGUGGAGGCCAUGAGCGAGGACGACAUCCGCGCACUGCAGGCGGACCUGGGCCGCCUCGACCCCUCGGCCUCGGGCGUGGUGCCCAUCGCGGCGCUGCCCAACGCGCUGCACAGCCGCGGCUUCCACGACCCCGCUGAUGCCGUGGCACAGAUGAUCCAGGAGAUCUGUCUGGACGGCAAGGUGGCGUUUGACUACCCGGACUUCUUUGUGGCGCUGCUGCAGCUGUGCGCGGUGGAGCAGCAGGAGAACCUCUUCCAGGCGUUCUCCGUGUUCGACCAGGACCUCAGCGGCUACAUCAGCCAGGCCGAGCUGCAGCGCGCCUGCGACAAGUACAAAGUCAACCGCGUGGUCGUGCAGGAGAUGAUGCACGAGGUCAACCGCGACGCGUCCGGGCGCGUGGACUACAACGAGUUUGUGGCAAUGAUGCGCAUGGAGGCAGGGGGCGUGAGCCGGCGCACCAUAGAGCGUCACAUGGACAACGGCAGUGUCAAGGAGAUGGACGUGGGGGGCGAGGGGUCGGGGCAGUACGAGGGGUACAGCGAGGGCGGCAGCAUGAGCGAGGACAUGCGCAGCGACGCCUCGUUUGCUGAUGCUGAUGCUCGCAGCGUGGGGAAUGCUGGGGGGUUCUGACACGACGGGGUGGGUGGGGGGUUGGAUGAAGAGGCAGGGUUGGAUGAAGAGGCAGGAAGUUGGAUGAAGAGGCAGGGUUGGAUGAAGAGGCAGGAAGUUGGAUGAAGAUGCAGGAUUGGAUGAAGAGGCAGGAAGUUGGAUGAAGAGGCAGGGUUGGAUGAAGAGGCAGGAAGUUGGAUGAAGAUGCAGGAUUGGAUGAAGAGGCAGGGUUGGAUGAAGAGGCAGGAAGUUGGAUGAAGAUGCAGGAUUGGAUGAAGAGGCAGGGUUGGAUGAAGAUGUUGUAAAAUAUAUAUCUAUACAACAUGCAUGCCUAGAUUAGGAGGUGUAGUCAUUCUAAUUAUUGGGGGUUGUUGGUUGGGUUGACCAACCCCACAUUUGGGUUGGUCAAGAUUGGAUUUGGUCCUAGACAUUUGGUUGGCACUAUUCCAACCAAAUGGUCCUUGGUCCUAGGAACCAAUCAAUCACCAAGCACCACACUUUGUGGUUGCUUGCCUUCCAAGCAAUCUCUCUCAUUUGUCCACAUUGUGGCCAAUCGGAGAGCACCACACUUUGUGGUUGCUUGCCCUACAAGCAACCUCUCCCAUUGGUCCACUUUAUGGCCAAUAAGAGAGCUUCCCUUCCAACUCUUUCUUGCUCCUUGUUUUG